AUGCACCUUUUUCAUUACGAUUCCGACCACUUCAUGGAUGAACAUCCUUCCUUGAAGGAUAGCAUGGCCUCUGAUACCCAGGAGUUUAGUCCUUUAGUGGAGGUGAAAUGCCCAACGCACAUGCUGCGAAAAUUCGGAACGGGCAUCACCAAUGAGUUCGAGACGACCGAAGUGAAUGUAAACUCCUGCUAUGGGUCGCCAUGUGAGAAUCAAAAAGACUUCCCAACGGUGACGGAGUAUGAUUGCGCGGCCUAUUCCAAAGAAGGACUCACCGAGUACCAACAACAAAAAAUCAUCCGCCGCAUGUUCAACGCCUUUGAUGUCCAGCAAAAGCGCUAUUUGGAUAUCUCCCGAUUGAAGGAGCUGUGCGAGUACGUCGGGCGCUCCGUGAGGGCGGAGACGAUGGAUAAGAUGUUUGCGGAGUUGUGCGCGGGUGAUGGCGAGGUCACCUUCGAGCAGUUCUGGAAUUGGUGGAUUAAUUGCCCGGACACGAACAUCACCAAAAAGGCCUUUUCUCUCGUCUCCGCUGACUUUUCCGUCCCGUAUCACCAACAACAACUCAAGAAGUGCGAGGAAGGCGAAAAAUUCACCCCGAGCUACCGCAUUCGGUACUUUUUUAAAGAUCUCGAGACGGCCUAUCUACGGCAGGUGAGCCCUUGGCAUGACAUCCCCUUGCAGGUAUGCGACCCAUUGCGGACCAAACCCGAGCAUAUCCCGGCUAAUCGCUUUAAUAUGAUCUGCGAGAUCCCCAAAUGGACCCGCGCCAAGUUCGAGAUCGCCACCGACGAGCCUUUUAACCCGAUUAAGCAGGACAUCAAAAACGGCGUCCCGCGCUUUUACAAGCACGGGGAUAUGAUGUGGAACUACGGCGCCUUUCCUCAGACCUGGGAGAGCACCGAGGUGACUUUUCACGACGAGUACAAGGGCGACAACGACCCGAUCGACGUCGUGGAAAUUGGGAUGCGGCAGAUGCGGGUGGGGGAUGUCCAGCCGGUCAAGGUCCUCGGGGCCCUCGGCAUGAUCGAUAACGGGCAGAUGGACUGGAAGAUUGUGUGCAUCUCGGUGAAUGAUCCGGUUUCGCGCUUUGUCAAGGAUAUCAACGAUGUACCCAAGUUCCUACCGGGUUGCCUGGAUGCGAUGCGAGAGUGGUUUCGCGUCUAUAAAAUAUGCCAAGGGGGGAUCGAAAACAAAUUUGUGUUCGAUGGUGAGUUUAAAAACAAGGCGUUUUCUUUGCAAAUAAUAAAGGAGUCCCAUUUUAUGUGGAAAAAUCUCCGAAAAAUUAAAGGCACAAAAAAUUUUUGA